GGUUAAGACUUACGAAUCACGAUCAACCAUAAAAAAUUCCUCGUCUCUUACAAAAACUUGAUUAUGUUUUGUGCAAUUUCCGGAGAACCUCCACAGGAACCCGUAGUUUCGAAAAAAUCGGGACAAGUUUAUGAAAAAAGAUUGAUCUUAAAAUACAUUGCUGACUAUGGUAAAGAUCCAAUUACCGGGGAAGAUACAAAGGAAGAUGAUUUAUUAGAAAUAAAAGCAAGUCCAAAGACCGUAAAGCCAAGACCUGCUACUUUGACAUCAAUUCCAUCUCUUUUGUCAGUCUUUCAAAAUGAAUGGGAUAGUUUGAUGUUAGAAACUUUUACUCUUAAACAACAAUAUCAACAAGUUCGACAAGAAUUAAGUCAGGCUUUAUAUCAGCACGAUGCUGCUUGUCGAGUUAUCGCUAGACUAAUGAAAGAAAGAGAUGCUGCUAGAGAAGCCUUAGCAAGCGUACAAGCACAUAUUGCUAUAAAACCUCCUCCGGAAGCGGUUGCUUCAGAAAGUCAAAAUAUGGAAAUCGAGGAACAAGAAAGAGGCAUCAAUGAAGUUGUUAUUAAUAAACUAAAUGAAACUAGUGCUGUACUAUCGAAAAAUCGUAAGAAAAGAAAACCACCCCCAGAACUUACUUCACCUGAUACAAUUAGAACCUUUACACAAAAUUUUUCAAUCGGUUCUUUGCAUACUUCAACUACACCUGGAAUAACGUCUAUGGAUGUUGAUCAAACAGAACAACUAAUUCUUACAGGCGGUAAUGAUAAAAAGGCGCUUAUAUUGAAUAAAGAGGAAGGUAAAGUCACCAGUCAAUUAAAGGGGCAUACAAAAAAGAUUACAGAUGUAUUAUGGCUUGGAAAUCCUAAUGAAGAAGGUUAUGAUACUGCAUUUACCGCGAGUGUUGAUAAAACUAUCAGAAUAUGGCAAAAGACUGAUAAAGAUUACAAGACUAAGUCUACUAUUUCAGCGCAUACCGCUGAAGUCACAGGUAUCUCAGUGCAUGCUACUAAAGAUUAUUUGGUAUCUGUGUCAAACGAUUCAACAUGGGCUUUUCAUGAUAUUCACACUGCCCAAACGUUAGUAAAGACUGAAUCAAAUGAUGUGACAAAUGGUUAUUCGACUGUAGAAAUUCAUCCUGAUGGACUUAUCCUGGGAACUGGAACAAAUGAUUCUAUAGUUCGAAUUUGGGAUAUCAAAACGCAAAAGAAUGUCACAUCAUUUACUGAUCAUACUGGGCGUAUCACUUCGAUCGCAUUCUCAGAAAAUGGCUAUUAUUUAGCAACGGCAUGUGAAUAUAAUGCAGUCAAAUUAUGGGAUUUAAGAAAGUUGUUAAACUUUCAUACUAUACAACUUGAUGAGGGAGCAAAAGUUAAUAAAGUAUGCUGGGAUUACAGUGGUCAAUAUUUAGGUGUUUGUGGAACAGAUGUUAGAAUUUAUCAAGCAAAAUCAUGGAAUCAGUUGGCAGUUUUUACAGAUAAUACUGCUGAAGCUACAGAUAUGAAAUUUGGUGAAUUGGGAAAAUCUGUAUAUGUUAGUGGUUUAGAUCGUACUUUAAGAUUUUACGGUGAGCCUACGGAGGAAUAAAUUUUCCUACGAAAAAUGAAAAUGAAAGGUUUUUUUUUUUUUUUU